AAGUACUUGAAAGAUUUUCAACUUUAAAAUAAUCACGUGAAAGCAAAUUAAAACAACUACAUGUUUUCACCUGUCAGUUUGGAAAAGAUUGAAAAGGCUGAAAGCGAAAGUUGCUGAACGUAUAGGAAAAUGGGUCCUCAAUAAUGCUGCUGAAGGAAGGAAGGCAAAUGGGUAUGAUUUGCUAGGGAGGCAGCCUGUACAGAUAUGUUACAGAACCAGAGUGUGCUGUCGGUCAUUUAAAAUCCUUAUUUUAUAUGGGCCCUUCCGUUUCCCUCAACUUUCAGCUGGGCAAAGAUUUAACAAACAGGUUUUGCCUAAAUAUGAGACACCUGUCCUGAAACCUAAAAUUAAAGGAUUUACUUUCUUUUUGGUUGGAUACAAUUUCAUGGCAUUCUCUAUUUACCAAAAAUUAAUGCAGGUGCACCUGUCAAAGUUAGUAUUGUUUAGAUUGGCUUAGUUUCCAAACAAGUCCAAGUCCUCCCAGGUUUUAUUCAUUGUCACAAAAGAUUCAGCUUUGAGGAAGAGAGAGGAAAGAAGGAACGUGGAAGCAGAAAUUCAGAUUUCCCGUUUGCACUUUAUUAUGUCUCAAGUGACAGCUUUUUCUGUUCUAACUAGUUUUCUUGUUAAAGAGUCACCGUUGAAUCAAUUUCUUUGCCACUUAACCAUCAUUUCACCACUUUCUCUUUCCUUAGGUGUUUGCUGUCCUCCAAGUGGCCUCUGCUCUUAGGCUGCUUCAAGGCUGUGAAACUGCUGGGUAGCAACCAUAUCCAGGCAUUGGUUAUACUUGCUAAAACUGAACAAAGAGGAAGAUGAAAGAGGGAUGUUUUCCAAAUACAGUAAAACAACUAGAGAGUACUUUUUUUUAAAAUGGAAUUUUUCCUCUUCUAACUAAUAGAAACAAAUGUGCCUAAGCCAGUUUUACCUGUUUCUGCCCCCAAGGAGAUCCUUAAAAUUAAGGUAGGUUUUCAAAUGGAACAACAGGACUAUAGAACAAAAAUAACAGUGAUUAAAAUAACUGACGUUUACUGAUAAUGUGCUAUAAGCCGGGCGCUAGUCUAAACUCAUUACAUGCAUAUGUGCGUUUAUACCAAUGUUUACUCCUAAUAACAACCCUACGGGGAUAAGCCCUGUAGCAAUCACUCGUAUCCUGGUCUGCAUGAUCCCAGGCAGAGGAAGCUAAGUGACUUUAAGAUCACUCAAAUAGUAAGUGACAGAGCUAGGAAGUGAAAAAAAACAGUAAUUGUCUUUUUGACAUCUUAGGCAUUUGCUGAUAAGUUACAAGUAGAAGUGGGUACGGAAGCUAGUGAGUAAAUCCUAUCACAGAAAUACACAGAUCAAUCUGUUUCUCUAAGUAUAAUGAUCAUAGUAUUAUGGAUUUGUUCACUUGGGUUUUUAGAAGAAAAUCUUAAAUUUAUUUAAUGUUAGUAAUCUCUUUUGCCUUACUUUUCCUUUUUCCUUUUAAUCUCAGAGCCAAAAGUUCAGCCUAGCUUGAUAAGCAUAUUUCAAAUUUAAUUACCUUCAUCCAGUGCAGCUUUUCUGGAAAAGUAAUCUGUUUUGCCUUUUUGGUUAAUUUUCCUCAUAACAAAAAGCAACUAUUUUAAUUAGUUCAGACAUUUUAUAGACAGCAAAGAACUUUGAAAAAAGAAUAGAAGUUUCUUUUGCGGAUGCACUUGGGAACACGUACUGUACGCCUCGAAAAACAUUUGUAUGCUCUCAGAGUUCAUAAACAACUAAACCCCAGACUUUUUAAGGUUUUCUCUGAUAUUGUACUUCAUACCUAAAACAGUUUCUGUCCUGUAAGUAACAGCUGUUCAUUGUUUUGAAUCAAUUUUCCUCAGAUAAUAUUUAGAAAAGACUAGCUAUAUAUAGGAUCCUUGGGACCAUGCACAGGUGUAUGUUGCUCUCCGUAACAUCUUUAAAAAAGUAAAUCAGUAUACCAGGAUCAAAAACCCUCUGACAUCCAGUAAUUGUCAUCUAAAGCAAUUUCUCCAGUCGCUGUUAACUACCAACCACCCACUGUAUUACUUAAACCAGCAUCUUCAGAUAAGGAAUGCUCUAACCUACCUCUUCAUUUGAUUCUGACUUUAUGAAACAUAAAGACAUAAACAGCAUCCUCCCAUGUGGCCAGACUCAAACUGAGGCACUCUCCAUGUCCCGCUGAGACACCGUACUGUUAAUCAUCCCGAGGCUCGGGUGCUGGGUGCCGAGGUACCCAAGUGCUUGAAAAUGCAGCCAUUCAAGGGAAGUGAGUAGAUUCUGAAUGACUUUUCACUUAAAAGAACAGGGUAAGGGAAUUAAAAUUCUCAAAAAAAAACAAACCUCAAUUCCACAAGUAACCUCUUUAGAGAUGACCCCCUUUCAGCCUUGGAAGUUUAGGGCAGCAAAGUCAUUUUGUUCAGAACACAUGAAAAUAAGGGGUCAGUCCCUCCACAUUGUCUCCUUACUGUAUCCCAUCUGCCUGGGUCCCAUUCCCUUUUAUUCUUUCCCACGGUACCCUGACAGACAGGUAUGUUUUGUGUCUAGAAAAUGUCCAUCUCUAAACCAAGAUUAGUAUUCAUUGGCUUUUACACCUUGAGACUAAGUGUGAUAGAAGGAGAUGGAGUGAAAAUACUUGUGCUGAUUUUCACCUUAUGCCAGAACUCCUCCCUUUCUACAGGUGUGGACACUUUGUCUUCCUCGUCCUCCUCUUUCCACAGAGGACUAAUUAGGGAAGUAGGCGUGAAGGGUGAACCCGCCUCUGAUGGAAAAGGAGCCGUAGCACUGCCACACUGCGAAACACCUCAGUUUCAGACUGCACUCUCAACAACAGUUAGGCGUGGAAUUACUGGAGCUCCGAAAAAAUGUUGGUGCUAAGCUGUUCUACCAAAUUACUGAUCCUGGAAAAAAUAUUGAAGAGUCACUUUCCUGAAUCACUCAAGGUUUACGGAGCAGUCAUGAACAUAAAUCGUGGCAAUCCCUUUCAGAAGGAAGUGGUAUUGGAUUCAUGGCCCAACUUCAAAGCUGUCAUCACGCGGCGGCAGAAAGAGGCUCAGACAGAUAACCUGGACCAUUAUACUAACGCCUAUGCUGUGUUCUACAAGGAUGUCAGGGCUUGCCAACAGCUGUUGGAAGAACAGGGUGUCAUCAACUGGGACCAAGUUUUUCAAAUACAAGGGCUGCAGAGUGAGUUAUGCGAUGUUUCCAAAGCCGUUGCCAGCUCAAAGCAGUUGGAUGUAAAGCAGACUUCCUUCAAGGCCGUUCGCUUGUCUCCGGUGGCAACUCUGCCAGACACCAGGUUCCGAAUGAGGCCUUCCCCACAACUAACCUACCUGAGCGUUGCCGAUGCAGAUCUGCUCAACCGGACCUGGUCUCGGGGCGGCAACGAACAGUGUCGCCGGUACAUCGCCAGCCUCAUCGCCUGCUUCCCCAGCGUGUGUGUUCGGGAUGACCAGGGCAACCCCGUCUCUUGGUCUAUCACAGACCAGUUUGCCACCAUGUGCCAUGGCUACACCCUGCCGGAGCACCGCAAGAAGGGUUAUAGCCGGCUGGUGGCCCUCACGCUGGCCAGGAAGUUGCAGAGCCGGGGGUUCCCCUGUCAGGGCAACGUCCUGGAUGACAACGUGUCGUCCAUCAGCCUCCUGCGGAGCAUCCACGCCGAGUUCUUGCCUUGUCGCUUUCAUAGGCUUAUUCUCAGCCCAGCAGCUCUCUCUGGGCAAGUUCAGCUCUAGCCCGUUGAAACUCUGGGAAUUUUCUUCCUUUUUUUUCUGAAUAUACACACACUCCGUAGUUGCCAAUGAGAGAAGAAUUAAAACUGGAAUCGGGAGACUCUCAAGGUGUUGCAAAGGGCCUGGAGAAGACCUGCAGGGUUAGGCUGAGAAGUUGUAACUCUCCGCAUCUCAGGUUUCUGCGGUAAUAACUGUAAGGGUCAGAGAUAGCCAUGGCUACACACGGGCUGAUUAUCCUCUUUUGGAAUCCACCUUGGGAAAAAGGUUCUAAGCCAGCAGGUCUUAGCACAGGAGCAGAAAUGAUUCCAUGAGAACCAAUGAUUUAACACGGGGGCAUGUGGCUACUGCUGUAUUGCUGCCUGGGCUUCUGCUCUGUUUUCUCACUGCCGCGCCGGCUCCCUCCGACCAUAAAUAACCCUCCCUUGGCCCCACUACUCCGUCUCUCCCAACUCUGUUCCUGCCACCUGUGACCCAAGUUCUCUGUAGAAUAUCCUGCUUAUUUCCCCUUUACUUACUGCCUCUCCACUUCUGCCUAGGACUCCAGCCGGUAGUUCUCCCCUGGGAAUGUGUGAAUGCAGCAAUUCUCACGUUAUAGUGCACCUCAGCAUCGCCAGGGGGUGGGGGCAGGUGGCGACACAGAUGGCUGAGCCUCUCCCCGCAGUCCCUAAUUCAGUACGUCUGAGGUCAGGCCUGAGAAUUUGUAUUUCCAGCAAUUUCCCAAUUCUCAGUUGCCUUGAGAAAUGAAGAAAUGGGCAUUUUAAAAGCUAGAAACAGAUGAUGUCCACAUAAGACUGGAUGUUACUUGUCACCUACUCUGGUCUAACCCUCGUUUAUAAUCUGCUUUCUCUUGAGAAACUAAGAUGUGAAUGUGGAUAUGCAAACACAUAUAAACAUACAUACACACAUAUAUUUACAUCUUUUUCAUGUUUUCCGUAUGCAUAUCUAUAUACUCAGAAUUUUGAGAAGAUAAUAAGCUUUAACUCUCUCAUUACAUAUGAAGAUUUGAGGACCAAAGAAAAUAAAUGACUUCAAGAUUAUAUAAUCAGUGCUAGAGGCUGAGCCAGAAUGGUGUUAUUUUGAUUUCAACCUAUCUUUUUUUUUUUUCACUAAAUCACGUACCUUUUUUGUAAAGGAGAUUUCAAUGAUUAGACAAUAAAAUCAACGCUCUCAGUAGUCUUUUAGCCUUAUCAGUAUUUUUUUUUUAAUCUGGGUUCCGAUUGUGUAUGCAUAUCUUUCAAGGGCAGUAAAGGAAGAGAGAAACAUCACAAGCUGUGUGCUUCCAUCGGCAGAAAAGCAGGGACAAACACAAUG